AAACUUCAUGACUAAUGCCAUUAAUAGUGGACAUGCAGAAAGGGUUCCACAGCAUCAGCUAACAACACCAAAGGGCAAGGUGUGGUAUAUACCCCAUCAUGGUGUAUAUCAUCCACAAAAACAUAAGCUGCGUGUAGUGUUUGAUUGUGGAGCAGAGUAUAAAGGGGUCUCUCUUAACAGUCAGCUUUUACAGGGCCCAAACCUAACUAGCUCAUUGGUGGGGGUUCUAGUGAGGUUUCGGCAGGAACAUGUGGCAUUAAUGGCAGACAUAAAAUCCAUGUUCCACCAGGUUAAGGGUGGCUGAGGAGCAUGUGGACUUUUUACGUUU